AUGCAGCCCAGCCACAUGUUAUCCCAUAGCCAAGCUUUCCCAGAAAUGAUACCAAAUGCACAGGUUCUGCAAGAUAUGAUCAAUAGACUUCAGCAAGAGAAUACCACAUUGAAGGCAGAAUGCACUGCCAUGCAGCUAACAUUAAACCAGCCAGACCAGAGUGCUUUAUCAGACAGAUUUCUCAACAUCUCACUGAAAUCACCACCAAUCACUACAAUGCCAUUCCUCAAUGUACCUCCAGUCCUUCAGCUCAACCAAGCUGACUAUCCCAAAGAUUGGAAGGCUAUUCAUAUGACAGUGCAAGGACAAGCAUCCUCUGCUAUGGCAUUUAUUGAAGAUGCAAAUAGACAAGAACUUGUGAGCAAGAAAAUUACCAAUGUUCUGCAGACCAUGUGGAACUACCUGGAUGUUGAUGUUGCUGCAAGUCAAGAAGGCAUUCUGUGGAUGGAUGAAAAAACCAACAGUGCUACCAAGUGCAAGAUGAAGAGUGAGGUAGUCAAAGAUGCAGACUCACCAACUGGAGUCAGGAAUGUUAAGUGCACGAAGAUCAAUGUAUUCACAGCCCCAGACAACAGCAAUGAUGAUGGCCUGCAUGCUGACAGCAUGCCUGUCAUCCCAGUUGCUCCAACACUGAACACAGUUGAGCAGGAGGAUGACACUGGUAUCAGUGCAGCUGCACAGCUGAUUAAGAACCCCCUAUCCUCUUUGUGUCCACCUCCUGUUGUCAGAGAUUUGCCAGAGCCAACCAUGACCAUAUCUGAGUCUCACAUGAGCACUAUCGACAAAGGGGAGUCUCAAGCUGAAGCCCCAAGUACAACAAAUGGCCCCACAACCCACAGAUGGAAUGAAGAAGAAGGCAUGGUGUCCUCAUUUGAACAAGAGUGGCAGAAACAGGUUGGCAGAUCGCUAGAGGAGUUCAACAAGUACUUUGAUGAGUUGCCUUCUGAAGUGAAGGCAAAAUACAAAGAUGAGGCAAAUGAUCUGGUAGAGUGCAAGAUCUGGAUUCACAGGAUGGCUGCUGUUGUGGCCAAGUUUUCAGGUGAGCAGGAGCAGCAGGGCAAGGGCAGUGUGGAUGAGAGGGAGCACAGGCAGCGCAAGGGUGGGACAAUCAAGCAGAAUAAGAGAUGA